CUUAAGAGACAAAUCCAUUUUAUCUACCACGUGGCAAGGUGUAGAUCUGACUGAAGAUCUAUAUUAUCCACAUAACAUCUACGUGGCGAGAUGCUAUUGAACAUCUAAUAACCCAUGCAAUCCAGAACCACUUGAAUCUAUCCUUCCACUACACCAUAUGAUCAAAACUCCUAAACAACCCACCACCAUUAUCCAUCCCUUCAAUCGUUCUGAUCAGAGAGAAGCACCGAUGGCCGCUGCAACCUCAACCGUCGUCGGCUUGGCCACCUCCUCCCUCUCAUCGCCGUCGUCACUCAACCGCAAGCAAACCACCUUAAAUUCAGCCUUUUUGAGGUCUACAACAACAACAAGGAACCCUUUGAGGGUUUCACAUGCUUCAGGUGGCAAAUAUACAUGCUUUGAAAGAGACUGGCUACGUAGAGACUUGAAUGUGAUAGGAUUUGGGUUGAUCGGAUGGCUCGCACCAUCAAGCAUACCAGCAAUCAACGGUGACAGUUUGACAGGACUCUUCUUUGGAAGCAUUGGAACUGAGCUCGCUCACUUCCCCACUCCUCCAGCUCUCACUUCACAAUUUUGGUUGUGGUUGGUGACAUGGCAUUUGGGACUCUUUAUAUGCCUAACUUUUGGGCAAAUUGGGUUCAAAGGAAGGACCGAGGAUUAUUUCGAGAAGUAGAGUGACUCCGUGUGUUUGUAAAUUUCCGUUUCAAGUCCCUGAUCUUUGUUGUUUGUCUAAAUACCCCUCGUGAAGUUAUGGUUUAUCUGAUCUUCCUUUGGUGUAAUAUAUUUCUAUUGUUGCACAAAUAUCAGUAUAAUUUUCACUUUAGAAAUCUAAAAAUUAAAUAUGGUUGGUCAUGGUAAUCUUCCAAAUAUGGUAUUUGAUUGAUUAAUGCCAUUGGAUUCUAGCAUUUAAUAUGUCUUUAAAAAAAUAAAGCGAAUUAAAUAAUACAUAAUUUAAUAAGAAGCAAUGCAAGAGGCAUGCACGCAUGCACUUUCAGUGUUGUUUAUGAAAGCCUACGUGGUGUUGCAAGAUUAAUAAAAGACAUAAAUUAUAGAGUAAAUUACACGGAUAAUCUUUGUGGAUUGUGGUAAUUUGUAUAUUUGGUCUCCAAUUUUUUUUUUUUUAACUCGGACGGUUAUUAUAAUUUGGUUUUGUUGCAUCUUU